GAGACGCAGAAACAAACAGUGCGGACUUGGUAGAUAGACGGAGCAGUGUGCGCAAAAGUUUUAUUUAUUUAUUUAUUUUUUUAAUAUUCUCUGUGAAGUGCAGCUUCGUGCGCCAUUCCAACCGGACAACAGGAACAUAUAGGUCAAAACGCGAUCCCGACUUUUAUUCUGAUGUUUAGCUUCAGGUGCUGGCGCGGCGUGGACCUGUUGGUUUAACUUUUGCGGCCAACUUUUGGAUAAAUUCGUGGAUUUUUUUUGUGUGUGUGUGUGUGUUUGUGCCAAUUAUCGUUUAGCAGGCAAUACAGAGAAGGGAGUGUGUGUGUAUGGGAAAAAAGCAACAUGACCCACAGUGAGAGGAUGAUGUGACCCUGUGUAAACUCCAAUGACCGCCUCUCACACGUGAAACAGCAGCGCUGCGUCCCGGAGGCUCAAGUCAACAUGAUUUUGUCCGGCGGUUUGUCGGAUACUUGUCAGCUCGUUUUACGUGACCGCACGGAGCCGAAGCUGUGGAAAUAGGACUUUGUCCAUGCUUUCUGGGGUAUAGUUGUUGCAACAAGUCGUGGUAGAGUAAACACAGGCCACCGCGCACCGUUUGGAGACAGCUACGAUGCGGGGCACUUUGGGCGCAUUCAUUCAGUCCUGCCUCAUACUGUUGGUCCGAGCAGACCAGUGGAGGUUGAAGGACUCCGCCAGCUGCGAGCUAAACAGGAAACAAACUGACCUAAACUCCUUCCUGUGGACGAUCAAACGGGACCCUCCUUCAUAUUUCUACGGUACAAUCCAUGUUCCCUACACACGUGUUUGGGACUUCAUCCCUGAAAAUUCCAAGCAGGCCUUCCAAGAGAGCAAUAUUGUCUACUUUGAGCUGGACCUAACAGACCCUUACACCAUCUCAGCCCUGACCAGCUGCCAGCUGCUUCCUCAAGGCGAGAACCUGCAAGACGUAUUACCCAGAGACAUUUACAGGAGGCUUAAAAGACACCUUGAGUACGUAAAGCUCAUGAUGCCUUCUUGGAUGACCCCGGACCAGAGAGGGAAAGGCCUCUAUGCAGACUACCUCUUCAAUGCCAUCGCUGGGAACUGGGAGAGGAAGCGACCCGUUUGGGUGAUGCUGAUGGUGAACUCGUUAACUGAGGCAGACAUUAAGACGAGAGGGGUGCCGGUGCUGGACUUGUAUCUGGCCCAAGAGGCCGAGAGGAUGAGGAAGAGAACAGGAGCUGUCGAGAAGGUGGAGGAACAGUGCCAUCCACUCAACGGGCUCAACUUCUCCCAGGUGAUCUUUGCCCUGAACCAGACUUUAUUACAACAGGAGUCUUUAAGGGCAGGAAGCCUACAGGUCCCAUAUACCACUGAAGACCUCAUCAGGCACUACAACUGUGGAGAUCUCAACUCCAUUAUCUUCAAUCAUGACACCUCACAGGUCCCUAACUUCAAUAAUGUGACACUGCCACCCAAUGAGCAGGCCACUGCCCAGGAAAUAGACAGCUACUUCCGACAGGAACUCAUCUACAAGAGAAAUGAGAGGAUGGGCAAGAGGGUCAAGGCACUGCUUGAGGAACACCCAGACAAGCGCUUCUUCUUUGCUUUUGGAGCAGGUCACUUUCUGGGGAACAAUACAGUUAUUGAUGUGCUUCGUCGUCAGGGAUAUGAGGUGGAGCACACCCCUGCUGGGCAGCCCAUAAACAGGAGGUCAUCAUCUGGACCUGUCUCACCAGAGCAGGAGGAGCAUUACGAUGAGUCACCUCAACUGGAGCCUUUCUUACAUGAGCUUUCUCCCAAAGAGGAGGGUCAAGAGGAGGAUCUGUUACCCCACAUACUUCUGCCACCAGAUAGCCUGGAGGUUCUGGAAAAAUCAGAGAGAAAAAUGCUGAAGAAAAAGAGGAGGAAUAAGCAGAAGAAACAGCGGCACAGGCAUUUUAAUGACCUCUGGGUUCGUAUAGAGGAGAGCUCUGUAGUGCAGUCCCCGCCUCCCCCAAUGGUUCGCAUCAUCAAUGGUUACAUCACGGUGCAGCCACCUGACAGAAUCCACAGCCAGUACAACUAUCAUCGUACAUCUUCAGCAGCACCGACGUCCUCAUCUGUUUCAUUAUUUUUACUGAUCUUCCUCUUCACACUACCUAUAGUGAUCUCACAGACAUGGACAGUGGUGCUCUAGUAAAAUAUUUAUCGGGACUCUAAAUAAAGCUCAUACACAUGGCGGUUUCAGGUACUGAUGCAAAGUUUGGUCUGAUACAUUUCAGAACUGGAGGCGGCUGCAAAAAGCGCUAAGAAAAGAUUUAAAAUCUGCUCUAGCUGUUCACUCCAUGGAUGUUUGGCCAGAUAAAGUUUGUUAUGUUUGAAGUGAAUAGUAAAUGAUGUCAGUAGAGCUUAUCUCUUUACAAAUUCAGGCCCUGAUGAGCAUGUGAGUUCAUGUAACUUGAAGCGUAAAGGUUUGUGUUAUUUUACACAGAGAGUGAGCACAGAGAACACAGUAGGUAAAAAAAAAAGUUCAAGGUUGAGGUAGUAUUAGCACAAAUUACACAGCUCGUCAGCUCCUUGAAAAAGAAGACAGUUACAGUAGACACUUAUUAGUCGCUCUGAAAAUUUAAGAUCUCGCUGAAGUGACCUUUCAGUUCAAAUAUUUUCCCCAGCAGCAACUGGAACCACAUGUCCUUUGUGUAUCUGUGUACAAGUAUGUGCGUGUGGGCCUGGGACAAACAAAGUCUAUCUGUUCUUAAACCCCUUGGGCUGGCAAACAUAAGUGCUCAGACUUUAAUUUAUUCUUCCAUUUUAGAAGAAUCUGAUUUGAUUGCAUAAAAACUUACUGCAGGGGGAAAAUUGUACAUAUUCCUUUCUAAUUUUAUAGAUGUAUUUUAGAAUGAUAAAAAAAAAUUAAGAUUAUCAAAAGCAUUGUUGUUUAUAUGAAAAAAAUAUAAAUAGAUAUGCAGUAUAUUUUUGAAAGAAAAUCAGGAACUAACCACCAUAGCCCAUGUCAUGUGUCUCACUGAAAUUCCAUUUUUGAAAGGGACAGAUGAUUGUAUUGUACUUUUUUAGUGUUAUCACCUGCUUUGAUGUAUAUGUUUGCUGAAAGAAUUUAUGUUGGAUUUUUGUGCGUGGGUGGGUUUUACAUAGCAUUCAUAGUAUUUUCUUUUAUUUAUUUAAUUACUGUAGUUUUGUUGUUAGCCAUAUGAAACAUUCCUUAUGGCUUUUGUUUUUCUAUAUUUUGUCUCACCACAGUGCCAAGUGUUCUUUCAGCAUAAUUUCAAAUGCAUAUCAUGCAAACAAUAAUUCAGUUAUUAAUGCAUCAAGCUGUCUACACCGACAGACCACAUAGUGCUUUAGAACCUUCACAUUUCAUUUAUAGCAUGAGAUAACAACAAUAAAAUAUU